CGUAAAAAAUCACCCGAUAACGGAGUUGAUUUUCGAGCUAUAAUUAUCUAUAUAAUUGACCUUCGAAAUGCCAAGGUAUUUCAUAAUAUUACGAAGAAAUAAAGAAAUAGCCAGUUUAAGGGUUGAUCGUACCACGUUCGGAGUUAUUUUCUUGAUUUUAGUGCGUUGCUGUUUUCGAUUUGGUUGAUCGAAAUGUAUUUGGAAAUAAUUUUCGGUGUUAUGCUGAUCGGCCUCGGAUUAAUUAAUGGAGAAGAUCAGAGCAGAGAAGGUAAAUGGCUGCUUAAUGGGAGAACUAUUACGUCCUUUGUGCACGAGAAAUCAUACGUGACGGAGUCAGUUGCUUCGUCUUGUGUCGUCGUACAGCCCUCGUUGCCUCCUUGUAGACAUGUCAGACAGCUGGACAUAAGGCCUCAUCGAACUGAAAAGAUCAAAAUAACCGCGUCUCCGGAACUGCUCGGAGUGCCGGAGAGGACGUCCGCAGGGCUGAUGUACGGGCCAAGAGUCAUAUUUAGCAGCAACGGCCACCGAGAGAACCUAGAGAGACAAGAUAACGACCCGAAACCAUUAUCGUGGGCGGAAUAUCUCGGUCUGGAAGAUGUCACUGUAACAAAAACCGCCGUGCACUCCGUCACGGCUAAGUACUACGAUCCGAACACCGUCGUCACGUUCAACGUGAGGGGAUGCCAUCCGUCCAAACUUCCAUUCAACUUGCCACUUUGCAAUAAUAACGCCACUUCCAGCUCAGCAGCCGUUAACAGCCUCGCGAAAGAAGUGCAUUAUGCUCCUUAUAAUUAAAUCUUAAUUAUACGAGUAAUUGCGCUCGAGGUGCGGUGGGAUCUGGCCCUUGCCUGAUCUAGCAGUAUCUAUAUGACGCUUACGAGAGUUAUGAUGCCCUUCUAUUUUAUUAAACGUGUGUGUGUGUGUGAGUAUUUGUGUACUUGAACAGAUCAUAGGAAGUGUGUAUGUAGGUAACUGGGUGUACCAACGUGUGUAUAGUUAUGUAUACCUCUGCUUACUAAACAUACGUUUUUCUGAUUUGUAUACUUUGUAUUUGGUUAGUCUAUCGUCUCAUGACUUUUUUAAAUGUUUAUUGAAUAAGUAUGUACUAAGUUCGUAGGUAGUUAUUCCAAAUUAAAAUAAAUUUUAUUUUUUCGGAAGAAUAUAAUUUUUAUGGAGA